AUGACUAGGGACAACAUCACUGUGGUUAAAGAGUUCUUCCUGGUAGGAUUUUCAAGUAUUAAAAGCUGCAAUAUUUUAUUAUUUAUUAUCUUUCUAAUGAUCUACUGCAUGACACUAUUGGGAAACUCUCUUAUAAGUGUGUUGGUAUCAAUUAGCCAUAACUUAAAGUCUCCCAUGUACAUCUUUCUAUUGCAUUUAUCUUUAGCAGAUCUUCUUCUCACCAUUAAUAUUGCCCCCAAUAUGUUAUAUAUUGUUUUAAUGGAGGGUGGUUAUAUAGAUAUUGCUGGUUGCAUCACUCAGUUUUACCUUCUUGGAUGCUCAGGAAUAACAGAAUGCCUCUUGCUAACAGUGAUGUCCUAUGAUCGAUACCUGGCCAUAUGUAACCCAUUACGCUAUAGGACGAUUAUGAACAGUAGUUGUUGUUAUCAAUUGGUUACAUGCUGUUGGUCAUGUGGAUUCAGCCUAAUGUUGGUUACAGUUAUUUUGGUAAGCAGGUUACAGUUCUGUGGCCACAUCAUAAACUACCUGUUCUGUGACCUUACUCCCCUGUUAGAAAUGGCUUGUUCAGAUACCUACACUGUGGAAAUAGAAAACAUUAUUGUUGCUGUUUUGGUGACCCUUUUCCCAUCUUUGUUUAUCCUAAUAACAUAUGUUUGUAUUCUCCUUACAAUUCUAAGAAUAUCUUCCAGUACUGGAAGACACAAAGCUUUCUCCACUUGUAGUUCUCAUCUGAUUGUUGUGUGCAUGUAUUAUGGGUCCCUAGUCACAAUAUAUGUGUUCCCUUCCAGAAUAAAUGCAAUGAAUAUAAAAAAGGUUUUAUCUCUCUUAUAUACUCUUGUUACUCCAUUUUUUAACCCAAUAAUAUACAGUCUGAGGAACCAAGAGAUUAUAGCAGCUAUUAGAGUAUAUAUAGUACCACAUUCAAUAAAUUAA